AUGGAUGAACAAUCAGAGAAGGUCGCCGAACAGGCUCGAAAAUAUUCGGGAUCCAUAGGUCGAGGACUUCUCAACGAGCAGCUCGCCGAGAUUAUCGAGUUCUCUAGCGACGCCCAGCGUCGAGACUGGUUUGAGCGGCAUGAGACUGUACCCUUCUGGUACGAAAGAUUUGACAAGAGUGGCUUGACACCAUUGUUGAGCAGUCUUGCGGACUCUUGGGUCGAAAUCGAAGAGAAUGUUAAGCGAGCUGCCGUACAACUCGAUCGCCCCUCAAAAGCUGCAAGUAGCAAACUUGUGAAGGCGUUCGGGAUGUACAGAUUCAAAGCGUGGUCAAAAGAGCAUUGGACGUGGGUGCAGCGGCCCGCUCUGAGUAUUGUCAACCACGAAACGAUUCGUGCUAUGAUCUGCAUCGCCCUGGAAACCCCCGGUCCGCACAAUGGUUUCCCUUUUGAGUUACAAUGCGGGCAGGACGUGUGCAUAGACGGCUACGACACGUUGUUGCUCCCUCCCACGGGCGGAGGCAUGGCAAUUUUGUUUUGGAUCGAUUUGGAAUAG